CUUAAUUUUAUAUAUUUUUUUUAUAAAUAAAUCAACUAAUUUUGACUUUUAAGGGACGCUGUGAGCUUUUGUCUCCUGUCUGGACCGAAGACAGACGGACUCCGUUCGGUUAUUCUCCUUCCACCAAACAUUAAACGGGACGUUGUGACCAGCCGUGUGGAAGAACGUCGAGGAGAAUCCGAGGGAGUCCGUCUCGUCUCCGUCCGGCACCGGGAGACUUGGGUCCGUCCGUCUCGCCUGUAGCUCAGGUCCUGUAGUUUGAAGAUGCAGCAUUAGAAAGGUUAUGAGCGCCACUAGAGGUCGGUGAUCCGGAGCCGGGAACGAGCCGACGUGAGGAUGGCCCGAGGUCACGUGAUGUUCCGAGCCGACGUCCGGCUUCUGCUGUCAGUUCUGCUGAGCGUGCCGCCGCUAACCCACGCUCAGAGCCCUCCCCGCUUCGUCCAGAUGCCGACUGACCAGACGGGCGUGCAGGGCGGCGUGGCCUCGUUCGUGUGCCAGGCCGCGGGGGAGCCGCAGCCCCGAAUCUCUUGGAGCAGGAAGGGCAAAAAGGUCACCAACCAGAGGUUCGAGGUGAUCGACUUCGAGGACGGCUCUGGUUCGGUGAUGCGGGUGCAGCCGCUGCGGACCCCGCGCGACGAGGGCGUGUACGAAUGCGCCGUGUCCAACGAGGCCGGCGAGAUCAGCGCCUCCGCCCAGCUCACCGUGCUGCGCGAGGACCAGCUUCCUCCCGGCUUCCCAUCUAUAGACAUGGGCCCGCAGCUGAAGGUGGUGGAGCGCUCCCGCACCGCCACCAUGCUGUGCGCGGCCAGCGGCACCCCGGACCCGGAGAUCACCUGGUUCAAGGACUUCCUGCCCAUCGACACGCGCACCAACAGGCGCAUCAAACAGCUUCGCUCAGGUGCGCUGCAGAUCGACUCCAGUGAAGAAGUGGACCAGGGGAAGUACGAGUGCGUGGCCACCAACAGCGACGGGACACGGUACUCCACGCCCGCCAACCUCUACGUCAGAGAGCAGCGAGACGUGCGCCGGAUCCCGCCGCGCUUCUCCGUGCCGCCCUCGGACCACGAGGUCAUGCCCGGGGGAGGCGCCAACAUCACCUGCCAGGCGGUGGGCAUCCCCAUGCCCUACGUGAAGUGGAUGCUGGGGACGGAGGACCUGACCCCCGAGGACGACAUGCCCAUCGGGAAGAACGUGCUGGAGCUCACCGACGUGCGCCAGUCCGCCAACUACACCUGCGUGGCCAUGUCCACGCUGGGGGUCAUCGAGACCGUCGCGCAGAUCACCGUCAAAGCCCUCCCGAACCCCCCAGGGACGCCGGUCAUCAUGGAGCGCUCGGCCACCAGCAUAACCCUGAUGUGGGACAGCGGCAACCCGCUGCCCGUGUCCUACUACGUCAUCCAGCACCGCCCCGCCUCGUCGCACGACGCCUUCAAGGAGAUCGACUCGGUGGCCACCACCCGCUACAGCGUGGGCGGCCUCAGCCCCUACUCGCACUACCACUUCCGGGUGCUGGCGGUCAACUCCAUCGGGCGCGGGCCCCCCAGCCCGACCGUAGAGACCCGCACGGCGGAGCAGGCCCCCAGCUCGCCGCCGCGCAGGGUCCGCGGGCGCAUGCUCAGCGUGUCUACGGCGAUGGUGCAGUGGGAGGAGCCCGAGGAGCCCAACGGGCAGGUGGUGGGAUACCGCGUGUACUACACCGCCGAUUCCUCGCUGCCCGUCAGCCAGUGGGACAAGGAGAUCAUCCGCGGGGCGAACUUCCUGACCGUCCGGGAUCUCACCCCGAACAAGACGUAUUACAUCAGGGUUCUGGCGUUCACCGCGGUCGGAGACGGACCGCUGUCCAACGACCUGCACAUCAUCGCCAAAACUGGAGUUCCCUCGCAGCCCACCGAACUCAAAGCGGAGGUGAAGUCCGAGACGAGCGUCUUGCUCUCCUGGCUCCCGCCGGCUCACAGCGGCACCGACGCCAUCGUCAGCUACGAGCUCGUGUACCGACUCGGAGACCAACCGGAGCAGAAGAUCACGUUCGAGCCGAGCUCCACCUACCUGCUGAAGAACCUGAAGCCGUUCUCCGCCUACGCCUUCCAGCUGGCGGCGCGCAGCAAACACGGCGUGGGGGCGUACACCGGCGAGAUCCGCGUGCAAACCCCGCAGAGCCUGUUCGCCGUGAACUUCCACGUCAAGGCCGCCAUGAAGAGCUCGGUGCUGCUAGCCUGGGAGCCGCGCACCUCGCCGGGCAAGGCCUCCACGUUCACCAUCUCCUACGGCGAGGGUCGGACCCUGGAGGUGGACGGGCGGCUCGGGCAGCGGCGGGUCGCCGAGCUGAGGCCGCGGUCCGUCUACGCGUUCCUGCUCGCCAACAAGGCCGACGGCGAGGAGGGUCUGCGGCACCGCGCCGACGCCAUGACCGCGCCCAACCUGCUGCCCAGGAAGCCCCAGCUGGUGGAGAAGAGCAGCCCGCAGAGCACGGCCACGCUGCAUCUGCCCCCCGCCCAGGCGCACGCCCACGUCAGGGCUUUCUACAUGGUGGUGGUUCCCCUGAAGAGGCAGAGAGGAGGGAACUUCCAAAACCCCUGGAGCGACCCGGACGAGAUGAACCUGGACGAGCUCCUGAGGACGAUCAACGGCACGGGGCGGGGAGCACGGGCGCGGCGGCAGGCGGAGCCCAAACCCUACGUCGCCGCCCACUUCCAGAACCUCCCGGCGGAGUUCAGGCUGGGGGACGGGCGGGCGUACGGGGCGUUCCUCAACCGGGCGCUGCUCAACGGCCAGGAGUACGUGUGCUUCGUUCUGGCCGUCCUGGAACUGGGACACAAUACCGUGUACUCCAGCAGCCCGUUCUCCGACCCCGUGGCCUUCUCCAACCUGGAGCCGCAGCCCAUCGUGGACGAGGAGGAGGGGCUGCUCUGGGUGGUGGGACCCGUCCUCGCCGUCAUCUUCAUCAUCAGCAUCGUCAUCCUCAUCCUCCUGUUCAAGAGCAAACCGGACAGGAAGCGGGCGGAGCUCGAGGGCAGGAAAUGCAGCUUCCCCAGCGGCGGCAAAGCCAUGAGCUCCCAGCACCCGUCCGAUCCCGUCGAGCUGCGCAGGAUCAACUUCCCCACGCCCGGUUUGCGUUCCGCAGGUUACCGACGCCUACCAAGCAUGACCACCCACCCGCCGGUCGCCGUCUCCGAGCUGCCCGCCCACAUCGAGAGGAAGAAAGCCAACGAGAACCUGAGGUUCUCCCAGGAGUACGAGUCUAUUGACCCGGGUCAGCAGUUUUUAUGGGAGCACUCCAACCUGGAGGUCAACAAACCAAAGAACCGCUACGCUAACGUCAUCGCCUACGACCACACCAGGGUGGUGCUGUCCAACCCUGAGGGCCAGCCCGGCGGCGACUACAUCAACGCCAACUUCAUCGACGGGUACCGGCGGCAGGGUGCCUACAUCGCCACGCAGGGCCCCAUGCCCGAAACCAUGGGUGACUUCUGGAGGAUGGUGUGGGAGCAGCACACGGCCAACAUCAUCAUGAUCACCAAGCUGGAGGAGAAAUCCAGAAACAAGUGCGACCAGUACUGGCCGAGCCGAGGCACCGAGACGUACGGCGCCAUGCAGGUCUCCGUCCUGGACACCGUGGAGCUGGCCACCUACUGCGCCCGGACCUUCGCCCUCUUCAAGACGGGCAGCGGCGAGAAGCGCGAGGUCCGCCAGUUUCAGUUCACGGCGUGGCCCGAUCACGGCGUGCCCGAACACCCCACGCCCUUCCUGGCCUUCCUGCGCCGGGUCAAAGCCUGCAACCCUCCAGACGCCGGGCCCAUCGUGGUGCACUGCAGCGCGGGCGUGGGCCGGACCGGUUGCUACGUGGUGAUCGACGCCAUGCUGGAGCGGGUGAAGCAGGAGAAGACGCUGGACGUGUACGGUCACGUGACGCUGAUGCGCUCGCAGAGGAACUACAUGGUGCAGACGGAGGAGCAGUACAUAUUCGUCUACGACGCCCUGCUGGAGGCCGUCGCCUGCGGCGACACCGAGGUCCCCGCCCGCAACCUCUACGCCUACAUCCAGAGGCUGACGCAGGCCGAGCCGCCCGACAACAUCAGCGCCAUGGAGCACGAGUUCAAGAGACUGGCCAACGCCCGAGCCCACAACUCCCGAUUCGUCAGCGCCAACCUGCCCUGCAACAAGUUCAAAAACAGGCUGGUGAACAUCAUGCCCUUCGAGAGCACGCGGGUGGCACUGCAGCCCAUCCGGGGGGUGGAGGGCUCAGACUACAUCAACGCCAGCUUCAUAGACGGCUACAGGCAGCAGCGGGCGUACAUCGCCACACAGGGUCCUCUGGCUGAGACGGCUGAGGAUUACUGGAGGAUGCUGUGGGAGCACAACUCCACCAUCGUGGUCAUGCUCACCAAACUCCGGGAGAUGGGACGGGAGAAGUGUCAUCAGUACUGGCCGUCGGAGAGGUCGGCGCGCUAUCAGUACUUCGUGGUGGAUCCCAUGGCGGAGUACAACAUGCCGCAGUACAUCCUGAGAGAAUUUAAAGUGACUGAUGCCAGAGACGGCCAGUCCCGAACCGUCCGGCAGUUCCAGUUCACCGAUUGGCCGGAACAAGGCGUGCCCAAGUCUGGGGAGGGAUUCAUCGAUUUCAUUGGCCAAGUACACAAGACGAAGGAGCAGUUUGGUCAGGACGGACCAAUCACAGUGCACUGCAGCGCCGGUGUCGGGAGGACGGGCGUGUUCAUCACCCUGAGCAUAGUGUUAGAGAGGAUGCGCUACGAGGGCGUGGUCGACAUCUUCCAAACCGUCAAAAUGCUGCGGACGCAAAGACCAGCCAUGGUGCAGACCGAGGAGCAGUACCAGUUCUGUUACCGGGCAGCGCUGGAGUACCUGGGCAGUUUCGAUCACUAUGCAACAUAAAGUCUCUCCGGACUCUCUCGCGCCGGGCCGUCGCCUCCCGCCGCCGCCCUCCACGGUCUCGCCCGGGACGGCGGCGACCGCACUCACUCCGAAAAAAGACGGGACGCACACACUCACGCACAAAUGUUUCCUCAGAGAAGUGUCCCGAGAGCACAGAGACUGAUCCACAGUGUACAUAAUUAUAACGAUUUAAAUAGUGAAGUCGUAUACACGGCCCAUUCCGACAGUACUCAGAGCCCUCGAGCUUGUAUGACCUGGGGUCUGUCCGGAAACCAAUGAGCUGCCUCGCUGCCUACCUAAGUAGUGAAGAUUCAAGGCGCUCCUUGCCCAGAUAUCCUCGCCCGGAUCUUCGUUCCUCACACGGCGCUGGGUACUAUCUGAAUCCGCCGUGUAUAUAUAAAUAUUAUAAAUAUAUACACACACACACACACACACACUGUUCAUGUAUUACUGAUUGCACAAUUGCUUUUGGGUGCCGUUUUAAGUAUUAAAUGUAAACGAAAGUGGCACAAAGUCUACACCGUUCACGUAAACGUGGUGGCGCGUUCAAUAAAACAGUCGUAGUGCCUUAUCACAGCACACAUCCGCCGUCUAGUCAGAUCACGUUAAGUGUCGGACUUCGGAACCUCCAUUCUGUUCUAACGGUUGUUUCUUAUCUGCUUACAACAGCCACGUCGCUUAUCUCUUAUCAUUUCAAUCCCAAGCGACUUGCAGUACUGUGACGGUAUACAGUCCGAGCAAUCGAGGGUUAAGAGCCUCGCUCAAGGGCAGUGGUGGGGCUUGAACCAGCGACCUUCUGAUUACUAGUCCGGUACCUUAACCACUAGGCUACAACUACAAGUCUCCUUCAGAAAUAGGACUCGGUAAGCGGAACCUCCCGAGCACUCCUCACCUCUCGUGACCGCGCCCGUUAGAUUUAUCGGCACGAUCGUGGCUUCCUACAGCGGUGGAAUAGCCGAAGAACAAGAAGCGGAUACUAUAGUCCUGCUUUUAUCCUGCUCCAGCCAUAUCACACUGGGUGUUGGACUUUGGAACCUCCAUUCUGUGCUAACGGUUGUUUCCUAUCUGCGUGCGUACGACAGCCACGCUGCUUAUCUCAAGCAGGCUACCUCUUAAAACCCUUAUAAUUUUCAUCCGAAGCGACUUCGAGGGUUAAGAGCCUUGCUCAAGGGCCCAACGGUGCCAACCUGGCGGAUUACUUUCGAUUACUAGUCCGGUACCUUAACCACUAGGCUACAACUACAAGUCUCCUCUGGUACACCCUUCAGAAAUGGGACUCGGAGAGCACAACCUCCCUUUCUUAACUCGAUCGAGCACUCCUCACCUCUCGUGACCGCGCCCGUUAGAUUUAUCGGCACAAUUCUUCGGUGGAAUAGCCGAAGAACUAGAAGCGGAUACUAUAGCCCUGCUUUUAUCCUGCUCUAGCCGUAUCACACUGGGUGUUGGACUUUGGAACCUCCAUUCUGUGCUAACGGUUGUUUCCUAUCUGCGUACGACAGUAAGAUCUCAUCUUCCCACGACGACCCCGACGGACGAGCUGCUGUGGGGGGGGGGGGGGGGGGCACUGUCAGGUUUACACUUCGGGAAAUCAGGGUCCAAGUAGCGUCACAGUCCUAGUUCGGUUCGAUUCCCGCGGCCACGACGGACGUCCACCGACAGACAGACGCGUGCAUGUUCCGGUACACAGCCAUUAUCGUUCGGUGUCACAGACGUUUGGUGUUUCGGUGUUCUCCAGAAAAUUGCGUCGUAGAUACGGUCAGCAGGUCAGGUGAUUCCACCUAGCCAUCCUAUUGGCUCGCUCCUAAAAUCAUCCUGAUGGAACAAUAAUACACGGUACGGUACGGCCAAAAGUAUUCGGACGCCCGACCCCGAGCUUGUCGGACGUCCCGCUUCAAGGCUUCUCGCAGGAGUAUGGGGAUUUGUGCCCGUUUGGUCGUAAGCCUCCGUUGACGUUCCGGUUCAUCCCAAGGCUGUUCAGUUGGGCUGAGGUCGCUAGUCUUCUUGUCUGUAUAGAGCUUGCUUACGUGGGAACAGGAAGGAGCCUUCCCUAAACUGUUUACAUUCAGCAGACGACAAGCCUCGGACCUCGCUCAAGGGUCCAACAGUGACAACCUAUCAGUCUUGGAGAUGGACCAGCGAUCUUUUGGACCUGGCGUCCCAGUACUUCAGUCCGUACCGUGUGUAUUUAAAGGCAGGUGUGCGAUUUAAGGUGGAACGCUGACCGCGACGUCCAGAGUCCCGACGCGAGCACGAGUCCGGCCCGCCGGCCACCGUUUACCUCCGAUUCUUUUGUAGUACGUGUAAAUAUUUUAGAGAACUACCGGCGAGGCUUUUUUUAUUUUCCUACCCGUGUUACAGCGUGAGGACAAGUCGUGUGAUGAAUACCGGAGUGUUUGUGAAACCUUUCGUUUGUUUAUGAAUAAACUGCUAAGAAAUG